UCCACGGUCCGGUCUCUCCUCUCUUCCUCUGGGCGUUAUAAAUAGUAAAGGUUAAUUAGUUAGCUGAGAAAUUGGAUCAGGGGCGGGCAGUUAGAAUUUGAUCCACAGACAGGUAACUCAAGCAAUCCCCUUUUGUCACCGCAAUCAGACCUAUAUAAAUCCGCCUUGACAGACAGCAGUCACCACAUAGCCUCACCUCUCCGACUGGAUCACCGACCGGCCAACAGCCCACCUGAACACGGAAUAAAAUGUCGCUCUCAUCUAUCCUUUCCGCUGAUGCCAUCGACAGUGCUAUCAAGGACUGCCAAGCACCAGACUCCUUCUGCCCCAAGAAGUUUUUCCAGAUGUGCGGCCUCACCAAGAAGAGCCCCAUGGAUGUGAAGAAGGUUUUCGGCAUCCUGGACAACGAUGGCAGUGGUUUUGUUGAGGAGGAAGAGCUCAAGUUUUUCCUCCAGAGGUUUUCCCCUGGGGCUCGCGUUCUGACAGACAAGGAGACCAAGGGCUUCCUGUGCGCUGCUGAUGACGACAGUGACGGCCGGAUUGGAGCAGACGAGUUCCAGGCCAUGGUCCUAAACAACUAGACUCCAUCUCUCCUUCCCAACCCGCCCCGACUCCACUGCUUCAAGGGCUCUCUUAUAGUUUUAGGCAUAAUUUUUCCAUCCGGUUAGAUAAAACUUUUUGAAUCUUUUUUGCUGCUCCGGUCCACAGCUAUCCACCUUCACACUUUUUUUCUUUUUUUCAUAUAGACAGAUC